UACAUACAGCCGGUUUCAGUGUCGUCAAUGGGAAGCACGCGACGCGGUGGCACAGAGAGUUACGGUCUAGAUUAAUAAAAAGAGGAGAAAAAAAGGAGAAAGAAAUCCGCGGCAGCACCAUGCUCUCCUGGUCCACCCCGUGUCUGUGGAUUACAUUUUGUCUUUAUUUGUGCUGUCAUGUAGACAGCGGAGAAGCACAGAACGCGAAGGAAGUGAUUCUGCUGGACUCCAAGGCACAGCAGACAGACCUGGAGUGGAUCUCCUAUCCUCCCAAUGGGUGGGAAGAGAUCAGCGGUUUGGAUGAGAACUACACGCCCAUUCGCACAUACCAGGUGUGCCAAGUCAUGGAGCCCAAUCAGAACAACUGGCUUCGGACUAACUGGAUAGAGAAGGGCAAUGCCCAGAGAAUUUUUGUGGAACUGAAGUUCACUUUGAGGGAUUGUAACAGCCUGCCUGGUGUGGUGGGCACUUGCAAGGAGACGUUCAAUCUGUAUUACCAGGAAACGGAUUCGGAGGUGGGCCGGAGCCUGCGGGAGAACCAGUAUGUGAAGAUCGACACGAUCGCCGCGGACGAGAGCUUCACCCAGGGCGACCUGGGCGAGCGAAAAAUGAAGCUGAACACGGAGGUGCGCAUCAUCGGCCCCCUGACCAGGCGGGGCUUCUACCUGGCCUUCCAGGACGUGGGGGCGUGCAUCGCCCUGGUCUCGGUCAAGGUAUAUUACAAGAAGUGCUGGUCCAUCAUCGAGAACUUGGCCACAUUCCCCGACACUGUGACGGGGUCGGAGUUCUCCUCGCUGGUGGAGGUGGAAGGGGUGUGCGUGAACGACGCUGAGGAGGAGGCCGACAACUCUCCCAAGAUGCACUGCAGCGCCGAAGGGGAGUGGCUCGUGCCCAUUGGGAAAUGUAUAUGCAAGGCUGGAUUUCACCAGAAAGGAGACGCGUGUGAACCGUGCGGCCGGGGUUUCUACAAGUCCUCUUCCCAGGACCUUCAGUGCUCUCGCUGUCCGGCGCACAGCUUCAACGACCGCGAGGGCUCCUGGCGCUGCGACUGCGAGGACGGCUACUACCGGGCGCUCUCGGACCCCGCGUCUGUGGCCUGCACCAGGCCUCCCUCCGCGCCACAGAACCUGGUCUACAACAUCAACCAGACCACCGUCAGCCUGGAGUGGAGCCCGCCAGCUGACACGGGUGGGCGCAACGACGUCACCUACAGGGUGGUAUGCCGGCGCUGCGGCUGGGAACCCGAGGAGUGUGUGCCGUGUGGGCUGAACGUAGGAUACUCUCCGGCGCAGUCGGGAUUAGUGGACACUUACGUGAGCAUCGUGGACCUGCUCGCUCACGCCAACUACACCUUUGAGGUGGAGGCGGUCAACGGCGUGUCGGACCUGAGUCGCACGCAGAGGCUGUUUGCGGCGGUCAGCAUCGCUACGGGACAAGCAGCUCCGUCGCAGGUCAGCGAGGUCAUCAAGGAGAAGGUGCAGCAGCGCAGCAUCCAGCUCUCCUGGCAGGAGCCCCGGCAGCCCAACGGCGUCAUCACAGAGUACGAAAUCAAAUACUACGAAAAGGAUCAGAAAGACCGGGUCUACUCCACAGUGAGGUCCAAGUCCACAUCAGCCACAGUGAACAACCUGAAGCCCAGCACAGCCUACGUGUUUCAGAUCAGGGCCUUCACAGAGGCAGGCUACGGUACAUACGGCCCCAGACUCGAGAUAACCACCAAGGAGGAGGCCACAGCGGCGAUCGUCUCCAGCGAGCAGAACCCCGUCAUCAUCAUAGCGGUGGUGGCCGUGGCGGGGACCAUCAUCCUGGUGUUCAUGGUGUUCGGCUUCAUCAUCGGGAGAAGGCACUGCGGGUCAAACAAAAGGAGUGAGAGGCGGACGAGGACUUCCUACUUCCCAAUAUCCUCUUACCUUUCUACAGUUAAAUUUCCAGGCACCAAAACCUACAUUGACCCUGAGACCUACGAGGACCCCAACAGGGCCGUCCAUCAGUUUGCCAAGGAGCUGGACGCCUCCUGCAUCAAAAUUGAGCGGGUUAUCGGAGCAGGAGAGUUCGGGGAGGUGUGCAGCGGCCGGCUCAAGCUGCCCGGGAAGCGGGACGUGUCGGUGGCCAUUAAGACGCUGAAAGUGGGCUACACGGAGAAGCAGAGGCGGGACUUCUUGUGCGAGGCCAGCAUCAUGGGCCAGUUCGACCAUCCCAACGUGGUUCAUCUGGAGGGAGUCGUGACGAGAGGAAAGCCCGUGAUGAUCGUCAUCGAGUACAUGGAGAACGGCUCAUUAGACGGGUUCCUCAGGAAACAUGAUGGUCAGUUUACUGUCAUCCAGCUGGUGGGGAUGCUGCGGGGCAUCGCGGCGGGAAUGAGAUACCUCUCCGACAUGGGAUACGUCCACCGAGAUCUAGCUGCCCGAAACAUCCUUGUCAACAGCAAUCUUGUGUGUAAAGUGUCUGACUUCGGCCUGUCAAGGGUGAUCGACGACGAUCCCGAGGCUGUCUACACAACAACUGGCGGCAAAAUACCCGUCCGGUGGACCGCUCCAGAAGCCAUACAGUAUCGUAAAUUCACCUCUGCAAGCGACGUGUGGAGUUAUGGCAUUGUCAUGUGGGAGGUCAUGUCCUAUGGGGAACGGCCCUACUGGGAUAUGUCCAAUCAAGAUGUCAUAAAGGCAAUAGAUGAAGGCUACCGUCUUCCAGCUCCAAUGGACUGUCCACCAGGCCUCCAUCAGCUGAUGCUCGACUGCUGGCAGAAAGACCGAGCCGAACGUCCCAAAUUCGAUCAGAUAGUCGGCAUACUUGACAAGAUGAUCCGCAACCCUAACACAUUGAAAACCCCAUUGGGAACAUGUACAAGACCAAUUAGUCCACUGCUGGAUCAGAGCACACCAGACUUCACCGCUUUCCGCUCAGUGGGAGAGUGGCUGGAAGCCAUCAAGAUGGAGCGAUACCGGGACAACUUCACAGCGGCUGGCUACAGUUCCCUGGAAUCUGUGGCCAGGAUGUCAAUCGAGGACGUGAUGAGCUUGGGGAUCACGCUGGUGGGCCAUCAGAAAAAGAUCAUGAGCAGCAUACAGACAAUGAGAGCCCAGAUGCUGCACCUCCACGGCACGGGGAUCCAGGUGUGACGGACGGCAUCGGACGGGCCCAAAACCCUAAAGGACAACAAAAACAGAACUUAUCUGGAGCAGUGCCUGGGACGUAAGCGGGAUAAUAGUCAAAGUAAACAGACAUCUGUUUCGUCAGACUCUUCCGGCAGUGUCUGGAGUGAAACCAUUCCUUUGUUCCUCAGUGACGGAUUGUGGUCCAACUCUUCAAAGGGGCACUAAACAGUGGAAAAGGGCAGAAGGAAAACUAAAAAAAGAAAAACUACCUGGACAUUGCUUUCUUUUUGUUUUUUUGUUAGAAGCGCUUAUGAACUACUAUAUAUCAAAUCGCCCAUUAGAGUUUGACGCUUCUGUUUCAUUAAUUUAAAGAACGGCUUAAGUGACCACACCGAGGCAAUGGAUUACCUUUCAAAAGAACAAAAAAAAUGUGUCUACUUGCGGUGCUUUCAAUUAUUUCUCUAACUGGUUUAUUAACUAGUCUGCCACAGUGACAGGUUGUGGUGGCCCACGUGGCAGUUUUUGUUUGUUUUCUCUCUUUCUCUUCUAUUUGGACUUGACUACAGGGUAAACUCUCUUUUAUCCAAUCGCAGAGGGAAGUUUUUACGGGCAGAUUUAAAAGGGUACUUUUUGUGCUGCUGGACUGUUUGAACUGUUUGCAGUGACUCGUGUUUCCCUUCAUGUGCUGUUGAAGUGAAAACAGUAACCUUUCUGUGCAGUUUUUUUUUUGUUUUUUUUCAACAUGGUUCCAAUCUCUCAAUUGUUUGGUUUGUUUAUUAGGAUUUUUCUGAAGGGUGCAACACUGAGGAGGAGAGAUGUUUUUUCAAAAUCAAAAGACUUUUAUAUCAGAGUCUUAGUGUUGACUACAGGAAAGGCAGAACGGUUACAUGGUUAUCGAGAAGGCUUCUGCAGCGCUGCUGAAAAAUUUGAUUAAAACUGAAGCCUCCAUUGUUUUGCUGCACAGUGUCAAGCUGCAAGUACAGUUUUUAUGGGAAUGAAUCCAAGAACUUUGUAGACAUAAUACUGCCUUAAAAGAUGCGUUAGAUUAAGUAUUGCCACUAUUUUAGGCACUUCAUUCAAAGGCUGGACACGCUCACUAUUUUAUUUUUCUCCUUUGUAGUGUCUUUUUAUCUGCAAAUUUAAACUGGUGAAAUGGAGCUCACAAACACAAUUUAUUGCCACGAGUGACACGUUCGGUGAAGAGACUGACUAAACAGAGCAAUAAUUACCAGGUAAAGAAUGUUCUUGCCUGAAGAGUUGUUUUUUUUUUUUUUUUAAAGGUGCUAGGUUUUAUUGCAUGUGUGUGCUGCGCUGAGACAACUCAGUCACCGUCGCAAAUGAAAGGAAUGUACCUCUUUGACCAGGAAAAUAUUUUGAAAAAGUGCUCGGGAAAAAAUCAUCCUUGCCAAGUCAUCAAAGUAGCAAACGAUAUGCUAAAACGUUUGGUGGAAAUCAAACACGGCACGGAAAUGUUGAAUUGGGUGCCUGGCGAGAUGAAAGAGGCCCCAUUCGAAACCAUAGAGAAGUAGCCUCUUAGCCGGGCUGACAUCAUCUUCCGACACCUACGGCGUUGUCCACAAAUCAAAAGGGCCCCUUCGGGGCUUCGGUUCUGGAAAUCAGGACCAAGCGACGGAGCUCCAGUCUAAACGCAGAUGGUGCGAUUAAACCCCCCGCCGCCGCUGGCCACAGAUCUGUAGACAUGCCAUGCAGCUUCUUUAUUUAUUCACGCGUCCACGCCACCCAUCCCUCACAGGCGUCGUGGAUGCAACGGAACAUGCAUUAAAGUGUCUCUUAAGAUUGCUCCUCUUUUCUCCCAUACGUCUUUUGUACGAGAACAGAGAUGAGGGGGCUUUGCAGAUGAUGUGCUGAAAGCCAAUCAACCUAUUCCAGGCCAUCUGUCUCCACUUCAAAUGCAAAAAAGAAAAAAAAAACGUUCCCAUGUUUUCAGUGCAGCAUUCUUUCAAAAGAAAAUGCAUUCAUUCAGCUGUCACGUAAACAGGAGUGGUGUCCAUGGAGAAAAACCAUUACAACCAUGUCUUCUACUGCUGCAGUAGCCUGAGAUACUUCUGUGUAUCCGGUCAUUUCUUUCAAUUAUUGUCAUAUUGAAUGCAUAGAAAAAGCAUUAUCCCUCACGGACGAAAAGUAAAACCAAUACAAGCUUUCUUCAUUCUCCCAGUUAUCGAGAAUAAGCCGAUACUUACGGAAACACUUCAAAGACAAGCAUGUCUGGAUACAGUUGAAUGAAGUCUAUAAAGGGGCAACCCUAAAACGAAUGUUACCAUCAUACCCCUUUGUCUGAGGGCCGCUCAGACCUCAUCGACCCAAAGCGGAGAGUUUAGAACCUUCUACAGCCAACGUCAAGCGAAAUAGCCCUGCGCAUCUGCAAGAGUCGGCAAGCUUCAAACGUCGAAUUAAAACAUUACCAGCAUCAAAAUGUACUUUAGGGGGUUGUCAGAAGUGAUGUUCCAACAGCAGACACGCAGAAUCCUGAUAGCAUCUGGUUUCAGGGCAACAGGUGACCUCAUUAUGUCUGGUGACCUUCAGCCAAACGCUGGCUCAGGUGAAUGGUGGUUGUAGAAGAUGGACAAAGAUGAUUAUGUGUUUUAAAUGUAUUGAAGGCUUUUACCAGGACACCUACAUGUUCCUUUUGAGUUCUCAAUAAGUACCGUCACUACAACCAACCCCCCAACUUUCAUACGGUCACUCAUCAUCCUGUUGCUUUUGUCUGACAUAUUUGGAAUUGGAAAAUAAUGCUGAUUAUCUGAUGAUGAUGAAAUAUUUUCCCAGUUAAUCUAUUGAUCUAUAAAACAAUGAAAAACGGUUUAUCUUUUCUCAACGCCCAUUUGACCUUCUUCCUAACCCUUAACUUAAAAUAACUUUCCAAAAUCCAAUAAGAUCGCAUAGGAGCAAAACAUCCAAAAAAGAUUCACAUUAAAUUAGUAAUUUACAUUAUCGCUUGAUUCGUUUUUAAAAAUGAUUAUUCAUAUAGUUGCGUAGGAUUUUUCAAAAAUUAGUACUGAUGAGCCGCUGCUAAGUAGCUGUAGUCGAUCCAUUGUCUGAUAAUAGUCAUCUUUGAACGCUCUAAUGUUGAGUUUGGCUAUAUGAAAACACUCGAGUGAUGACAGAAACCAGGAGGCUUAUCUAGCUGUCAUUGUUGUCCCACUGACCUAAAGGCAUCAAAACGCCCUGUUUACCUGUUGUCCCACUGCUUGGUCUGCAGGACCGAAAUCCGAAUCUCUUAAGGUCAGAGGUUUAGAGCUUUGGGGAAAGGUUAAUCAUCACAAUUCAGUGUUUGGCGAUUCCUUUUGCUCCUUUCGGAGCAUUUUUGAUGACAAUGGAACCUUUUACCACCUUUACCUUCACUGCCUUUACAAAGUGAACGUAAAGUUCCCUGAGAAAGCUGGUGUGGAUUUCAUUUUGACUUUGCACGUAAACUGUGUUUUCCGAAUAAUCCAGCUUAGUGUGGAUAUAGAGUUGGAUCCAUUUCCACUGCGGGACUCACCUUUGUCAGGAGACACCAGGAAUUAGCCCCGACCGGCUCUGAGCUCUACCCCUCCCUCUCUGUGUCACACACAUUGGGCCCUUUAUCCGUACAGCAGAGCUCAGCAAUUGGGCCUUGGCCAGACCUUUGAAUUGAAUACCGGCAUGAAGUCAUUCAGUCAGCACAAAACUCGCUCUCUCUCACCCCCACGCACCCCGCACCCCCAACAGACACACUCACUCUACGCUUGGGUUUUAAGACAGGGCCACUGGAGGCCCCUUUACACCCCAGGGUAGAAUGCCUCUGUCCUCAUUUUUUUCCUGUGCUGUGGAAACAGCAGUUUGAGCCAAAUUGAGAUUAAGGCCAGGGAUGCAAUCAAUUCAACACCCAACCUUCAGCGCCAGAAGUCAUUCAGAGGUUUGAACUUUGUUAAGCUUGUUUUAUCCACAUUUUUUAACUUCAGGUUGCUCAACUCUGGAGGAGAAAAGUUUAGUUGUGGCUCUAUUUCAGCAAAAAAAGAAGAAAAAACACACAAAAAAAAUAUAAAAUGUAAAACAGAAAAAAACUGCAGGAUGUAGGUUGGAAUCAGGAAUAGCAGAUAGAGUAUGAAGUUAUUUUUCAAAUCUUGUGGUUCAGCAGUUGGAAAUUAGUUUCACCGCUUUGGUCAAUGUGGUGAAUAAUUCCAAAGAGUGCAGCACUGUUGAUUGUGUCAGAGGGAGACUAGAUUUGAGGGGAUCUUUGUAUGUGAACUAAUUGUAAAACUUGUACAUUUUAUUUAUAUUGUUUUUUACACAUAUUACUCAGUAGAGAGCUCUGAAUACAUUGAAAAUGCACUAUAUUUUUCUAUCUUGCAGAGUAAUUAUUGUCAACCAUCAAGAUUUUAGUUGUACAUAAAGUUUUUUCAUUUAGGACCAAAGACCGCUGAUAGGAUUACCAUCUUUACUUUGACUUUGUUUUUUUUUCGUUUUUAAUUUCUUGUACAGUAAUACAAAUUUCAAUUUAUUAUUUAUUUUUUUGUGAUGAAAGUAUUGAGAAUAUCCACUGGUCAAAAGUAUUUUCCCCAACAGCAGAACUGUAAGAUCAUUGAAUUAGACAAUUUCUUGUUACAUAGACAAUUCUUUUUGCUUUGUAACCUUUGUAAUAGACUGUAAAUAUAUUUUUGGAAAUAUAAUACAAUCUAUAUAGAAGUU